CAGGAUAUGACGUUACACUUCACUGUCAACAUGCAAGAUGGCGUCGCAUCACAGGCAAAACGCAGCUGGUCGGAGAAAAGUUCAGGUGUCGUAUGUCAUCCGAGAUGAGGUCGAGAAAUACAAUCGCAAUGGGGUAAAUGCACUACAGCUAGACCCCACCCUGAACCGACUUUUCACGGCAGGAAGGGACUCUAUCAUUAGGAUAUGGAGUGUCAAUCAGCACAAGGACCCCUAUAUAGCUUCAAUGGAGCACCACACAGAUUGGGUCAACGAUAUCGUUCUCUGUUGUAAUGGAAAGACUUUGAUAUCCGCCUCUUCAGACACCACAGUGAAGGUGUGGAACGCACACAAAGGCUUCUGCAUGUCAACGUUACGGACCCACAAGGACUAUGUUAAAGCCUUAGCAUAUGCCAAGGAUAAAGAACUGGUGGCCUCAGCUGGACUGGACCGGCAGAUCUUCCUCUGGGACGUCAACACCCUCACAGCGCUCACCGCCUCCAACAACACGGUCACCACCUCUUCCCUAAGUGGAAACAAAGACUCCAUCUACAGUCUUGCCAUGAAUCAGAUGGGAACGGUCAUUGUGUCUGGCUCUACAGAAAAGGUGUUAAGGGUGUGGGAUCCCCGUACCUGUGCAAAACUCAUGAAGCUGAAGGGACACACAGACAAUGUGAAGACAUUACUGCUCAACAGAGAUGGCACUCAGUGUCUUUCUGGUAGUUCAGACGGCGCCAUCCGACUGUGGUCUCUGGGCCAGCAGAGAUGCAUCGCCACCUACAGGUUUCAUGACGAGGGGGUGUGGGCCUUGCAGGCCAACGAAGCCUUCACGCAUGUCUAUUCUGGUGGCCGUGACCGCAAGAUCUACUGCACAGACCUGCGCAACCCUGACCUCAGAGUACUCAUCUGUGAGGAGAAGGCCUCUGUGUUGAGGAUGGAGCUGGACAGGUCAGCUGACCCUCCUCCUGCCCUCUGGGUCUGUACCACCAAGUCAUCAGUCAACAAAUGGUCACUGAAGGGAAUGAACAACUUCAGAGUUUCUGGUGACUAUGACAACGACUGCAGCGCCCCCCUGACCCCACUAUGUGUCCAGUCUGAACAGGCCAUCAAAGGUGGUGCCAGCAUUGUUCAGUGUCAUAUACUGAAUGACAAGAGGCACAUCCUCACCAAAGACACCAAUAACAACGUGGCAUACUGGGACGUCCUCAAGGCUUGUAAAGGUGAAGACCUUGGUAAAGUGGAGUUUGAUGAAGAGGUUAAAAAACGAUUUAAGAUGGUUUAUGUCCCAAACUGGUUCUCAGUUGAUCUCAAGACAGGGAUGCUGACCAUAACACUGGAUGAAAGUGACUGCUUUGCUGCCUGGGUCUCUGCCAAGGACGCAGGUUUCUCAAGUUCAGAUGGCUCUGACCCAAAAUUGAACCUGGGUGGACUGCUGCUGCAGGCCCUGCUAGAGUUCUGGCCCAGGACCCACAUCAGCUCCAUGGAUGAAGAAGACAAUGACGUGCACCAUGUGAAUGGGGAGCAGGAGAGUCGGAUGCAGAAAGGCAAUGGCUACUUCCAGGUUCCUCCGCACACACCGGUCAUCUUCGGGGAGGCUGGGGGGAGGACUCUGUUCAGGUUAUUGUGUCGAGACUCAGGGGGAGAAACUGAGUCUAUGCUGCUCAAUGAGACGGUCCCUCAGUGGGUGAUUGACAUCACUGUAGAUAAAAACAUGCCAAAAUUCAACAAAAUCCCCUUCUACCUCCAGCCACAUUCAUCUUCAGGCGCAAAAACACUGAAGAAGGACCGUCUGUCAGCCAGCGACAUGCUGCAGGUGAGGAAGGUGAUGGAGCAUGUCUACGAGAAGAUCAUCAACCUGGACACGGAGUCCCAGACCACCAGCUCCUCAACCAAUGACAAGGCGGGAGAGCAAGAGAAGGAGGAGGACGUGGCCAUGGUGGCCGAGGAGAAGAUCGAGCUCAUGUGCCAGGACCAGGUGUUGGAUCCCAAUAUGGACCUGCGAACAGUCAAACAUUUUAUCUGGAAGAGUGGCGGUGACCUGACUCUUCACUACAAGCAGAAGCCCACGUGAGAGGCCUCAGAAGGACACUGAAGGGACCUGCAUGGCUUUCCACCACACACACACACACACACACACAACCAACCCCACUAUACUUUGCCUUCAUCCUUGCACUGGCCAAUGUGAACACUUACCAGAGAGCUUCCUCAGUGAUGGAGAAACUUCUGGAAAGUUUCUACCUGUUGGCCAGGAGACAUUCACUGUGGGGGAACUGAGCCAUCGACAUGUUCAGCAGAGAGAAUUCUCAGACUGAAAUACAAACAUCCUUUAACCUCUUAAUUUUAUCCUUUUAACCCACCUCCUCUUUUUUUAAAACCUUUUUUUGCCCUCCCCUUGUUUAUAUUGUAAGUAUUUUCAGUUGGAUGUCAGUGUUGGUUUUUUGCAGGACCAUUGCUCACUCUGUAAUGUGGACCACUGUGUGCAAGGAGGUGUCUACAUUUCCGCCACAUUCCUGGGCCUGGCUCUCGUUUGACCAGAUCAAGCCACCGCGGCUUCAUUUUAGACCAGCGUAAAGUUUGACGAUCAUUGUUAUGUUGGGCUCUUGGCCUUUUUUCCCAGUAUCAGUGGUCAUGGAAGACAUUCACAAUUCUUUUUUCUCAUCUUUCUCUUUUUAGUUUUUUUUUUUCUUUUCAGUUUUUUGUAUGAUUGUGUACAGCACACUUUUUCUUUUUUUCUUAUGAACAUUCUCUAAGUUAUUCAUUUGUUUUCUGGAAUUUAUUACUUUUAUUACUACAGUAUAGUAUAAGGAAUGAACUUAAAACCUACCAAGAGACAAAUGAAGGUAGGAAGAAAGGCACUGACAAACACACACUGCAUCACACACACACAGAAAGUAUUUAGCAUUAGUGCACUCAAAACACUCCAGUUGGAUGACCGGAAUGUUGUAGACCAGUUAAUCAGUAAUCAUGAUUGGUUGAUUGAUUGCUGCCUACUGAAUGACAUUACUGUAUAUUUGUAAAUCAAAGUCAGUUUAAGUCAAAGACAAGAUCUUAAAAGGACAAUGUUGAGCUAGUUCCUGAGAGGGACUAUGUGAUGAGCAUUACAUUUGUAACAAAUAAAGGAGUCUUAUAAAUAAA